AUGCUGACCACCGAUUCCGGCGAGGAAAGCUGUUUUGAGAUGAACAAGGCUCAACACUGUCAUCCAGAGGUGUGCUCAACCACCCUUGCAGCUGCCCCCAGCUGGACGGAUGAAGCUACCGAAGCAAGCUUACGGGUGCUCAACGAGAUUCGGCAGAUUGUCGAGGGUGAGGAGAUUGCUGAUCCUACGGUCUGCUCUGCUGACGAGAGUGAUGAACGUAAAAGAGGUGGUUACUUUAUUAUUCUCCAACCACAUACAUGUGUAUGA